AUGGUUUCUUCAAAUGAAUAUAGGAAUACCGUGGAGUGGAUCUCAUCCGUACAAUUAUCUGUUUCAAAUAGAGAUGGAAAAAAUCUAUCAAAUUUAUUCAAUGUAAGGAAUUUUAGAAAUCUUAUUAAAAGCGAUCUCUCCUCUUUCUAUACUCAGGACAUCAAAUUACUCACUCAAAAGUCUUUUCAAAAUAAAAAAAAUCUUUUUUCUGGACCUCUUUCAGUGGCCAUUGAGAAUUUUUUGGAGUUAUAUAAAGAAUUAAUGAAAAAAAAUUGUCAAUGGGCUAAUAUUCUUAUGAAUGGGACUGCAAUUCUGAAUUGUUGGAUUGAAAUAUAUCGAGAUCAAGAGGCAUUUCCCUGUCAGUGGGUUGUUCCAAUUUUAUCAUCAACAUGUAUAUUGAUAUCAAAAAUAGGUAUUAGGGCAGAUACAAUGCUCAAUUCUGGAGAUUUUGAUGAUGAUGAAAAUGAAGAUUAUCAAAAUAAAUAUCAAAUCUUAGUCCUUAAUUCAAUCAGACAGCAAAUAGGAAAGUUCAGAGGUGACGAUGAUAGACAAGCUGGGUAUGUAAUUUUGAUGACCGAGAGUAUAAAAUGCUGCAUGCAAUUAAGAAAUAUGCAGAUGGCAUCUACAUUUUUGAAACAUAUCGAAUCAUCCAAUAUUAACCCAAGUAAAGUACCAAAGGGACCAAUGGUAUUGUUUUGUUACUUCCUAGGAAAAUUGUAUAUGCAACAAGAUAGAUUUAUUCUUGCUGAAGAACAGUUAAUUUGGGCAUUUGGAAAUAGUGGAAAAAGCAAUAACAAACUUAAAAGAAAUAUACUUGAAUGCUUGAUACCUGUGAAACUUAGACUAGGAUUUAUCCCUAAUAUUUCACUACUUAAAAAAUAUAACCUUGAACACUAUGUUGAGAUAUCAAAAGCUAUAUUGCAGGGUAAUAUUAAACAAUUCGACGCUGCUAUUGAGAAAUACUCGUCAUUAUUCAUAAAUCACGGGACUAUACUGUGUGUUGAAAAGGUAAAGUUUAUUUUAUAUAGAAAUUUAAUGAGGAGAAUUCGCAAUUGGUGCCAUAAGAACCUAAAGAGUGACCCAAACAAACUCACUUUUUCUGUAUUCGAUGCAGGUUUCAAGUGGCAGUCAGAUGAAUUGUUUGACCAACAGGAAAUGGCAUGCAUUUGCGCGAACCUGAUAAAGUUGGGCUAUAUUAAGGGUUACAUUUCUUGGGAACAUCAAGUUAUAGUAUUUUCAGUUAAUGACCCUUUUCCAAAAUUAAGUAAUAUUAAAUCGUAG